AGCUCCGGGAUCAAGCUGCGUUUCCCCCGCACACUCGUGGUGUACCUUAAUGUGAAGGCGAUGGGCACUCGGCAGGGCCCCUCAAUGGCGAAGCCGGCCUGCUUGCUCGCGGCGCUGCCGGCUGUGAGCGGCUUGGUCGUGGACAGGGCAGGGUUCCUGCCUGCAGCCUCGGCACUGCGCAGGCACAAUGUUUGCCUCCGAACUCCAUGCGCCGUAUGCACGCUCAAGACUGCACGCCCGCGGACGACGACAUGCACAUCGUGUUCUCGACGGGAUGCAACGCCUUCCAGCACUGGCAGGCAGAGGUGCUGCUGAACUCGGCGUACCACCAGGGUCAGUGCGGGAGCAUCACUCGCAUCGUGGUGGGGUGCGACCAGCACGUGGAAGAGCAGAUCAGGACACACCAGGGUGGCGCCGCGGACGAACUGAUCGAUAGCGCCGACCUGCUGAAAUCCAGUUACCCAGGGAUCAAGGUGCACGUCGCGCCCGCGAUCCCUGAGGCAAAGGAGUUCCCGUGGUUCAACAAGCCGUGGUCCUUCCAGCACUGGCUGGACACUCAGGGCGGCGACGUCAACGAGCGUGCCAUAGCAAUCCUGGACCCCGACGAGUUCUUCCUCCAGCCGCUGACGCAGCGCGCCGAGCACGCCGCCGAUGGUCCGUUCGAGAUCAUUUCGGCGUUAUCCAGAGCAGCUGAAGCAUCAGGUGAGCGACGAGCGCGCCAGGAUCUCAGGGCUCUUCUGGUUCCCCCAGGCAUGGGCGUGGCGCAGACGUACGGCAUCGGCACGGUGUUCCUGGACAAGUUCAACCAGCGCACGAUCUGCCCAGGCGGGAGCGCCAGCCCGUGUGCCAACGUGACGCUCGAGCAGGGUCGGCUCUAUUACCCAGCCGGGCCGCCGUACAUCCUGCACAACGCAGACUUCAAGAAGAUCGCGCCGACGUGGUGGGAUCUGAUGAAGCCAGUGUAUCAGCAGGACCGGGGCGACAUCCAGGCCGACAUGUACGCGUACGUAUACGCCGCCGUCCACCAUAACGUCAAGCACGUCAUGCUCGAGAACUACAUGGUCUCGAGCGUGGACGCCGACGGCGAGGCGUGGAAGUUCGUCGACUCGCUCGAGAGCAUGUCGUGCCACGACCCGGAGAGGGCGCUAGAAGGGCGCAAGCGCCCGGGCUUCCUGCACGCCGCCAGCCACUUCAAGGCGUGCACCAAGGGCGAACUUAUUGACUACGAUGCCGAGAGCUGCCCCGAGGAGGGCUCCGAACUGUGGAACUUCCACAAGGGCCACGUGCCCUCGACCAUCCUGAGCUGCAACGAGCCGCUCCUCACGCCGCCGCCCGACGACUUCUUCAACGCGCAGGCCGCCGCCCACAACACGCAAGGCAAGCGCUCGGCGUUCACGAUCUGCCACCUCACGUUCAUGGUCAAUCGUGCCGCGACGGACUACAAAAACAAAUAUUGCGAGUCCGCCAUCAACACCAAGAAGUGCACGCGCCUCGUCGUUGACCCAAGCAAGGCACCUCGCCCGCUGAUCAAUCCUUUCGACUACCCGCUCGCUGGGGUAGACGAACUGUGCCUGCGAGAGCCCGUGUAGCUGUACGUGCCCGCGUUGAAAGCAGCGUCGUGUAGGGCUGUGCCAUAUGGGCGCGCUUGGACGCAGCGCUGCCCCGCCGGGCGGGGACAAAUAUACACUCGGGCGGCACCCGCGCGCGUGGCAGCUCUUGGCGUGGCACACGGGCAGCCCCUGGAGGUAAGCCACCCCCACGGGCAGGCCUCAACGGGCGCCCAGGGCAUGCUGGCAGGACCCUGUCCUGUGGACGCGGCGGUGACCUCCUCCUCCUCCUCCUCCUCCUCCUC